AUGGCCAGCGCGGCACAGGAUGUGUUCGACGAACAUCUGGGAGUGAUCAGCGCGCUGCGGGACAACUACGCACGCACCGAGGAUGCCAGCGCCGUGGCUGGGCUGGUCAGGGCGCAGCAGGAGGUGGCCGCAGCCUGCAGCCAGCGGGAGGAACAAGUGAAGGAGGCGAUCAAAGUGCUAACGGGACGGGUGCGCACGGCAGAGCGGGAGGCGGCAUACCCGGGGGAGGAGGGCGCGCAUGAGCAGCGGGUGGCAGCGAUGAGCACAGUGGCGCACGAGGCCCGCGAGAACGUGGAUAGCCUGAACAGCCAGCUGCAGGCGCUGCAGCAGCAGCGGCAGGACAUCAAGGCACAGGUGGCGGCGCUGCAGCAGAAGGCCGACCACAUCGAGCAGAUUGUGACCGAGGCGGAGCCACGCACAAGACACCAGCUCAGCCUGUACGCCCACGUGUCCAAGAUCACCUGGCAGUUUGAGCAGCGCGACCGCGUGGCGGGCACGGUGUCCAGCCCGCUGCGCGCCUUUGACUUUGACCCCGCCGCCACGCCCGACUUUGAGAUCACCAACACGCUGUGGGACCUCAUGGGCACAGACAGCUAA